AUGAGCCUCCCACUGAGCGUCUUCUCGCCGCCCCUCACGCCAGACCUCACGGAGGAGGAAGACCUGCGGGCCGCGUGCGCCAGAGUGAUGGAGCCGAAGACGGACGCGCCGCCCAUCGCAUUCGGGCCCCCAGGUGACCAGUGGACCUAUGACAGGCAGAGCCGGACAUACGACCUCACGCGCGGGGCUGCUGGCGGCCCCGCGCCGCCGGCCGCGGUCAAGAUACGCACCACGCGCGGGCCGCCCGACACGUCCAUCCUGGUCGCGCCGGCGUCGGCGGUCCUUGUUGUUAUUGACAUGCAGAAUUACUUCCUGCACCCUUCCUGCCGCUCGCACCCGGAGGGUCUCGCGGCCGUGGGGCCCCUGCUGCGCGUCAUCGAGCGCUGCCGCGGGGCCGGGGUCCAGGUGGCGUGGCUGAACUGGGGUCUCACGGAUGCGGACCUCGCGGCGAUGCCGGCCGGGGUGGCGCGCGGGUUCGCGCGGGCCGUCGUCGCCGGGGAGAAGGACUCGGCGGGGCUGGGCGUGGACCUGGGCGGCGGCAAGGGCCGGUGCCUCGUCGCCGGGGAGUGGAACGCCGAGCUCUACGAGCCGCUCAAGAGGGCCGUCGACGAGGUGGACGACGUCCGGUGCGCCAAGAACCGCAUGAGCGGGCUGUGGUCUGAGGGGCAGCCGCUGUGGGGGUACCUGAGGGAGAGCGGGAAGAAGACGCUCCUGUUCGCGGGUGUCAACACGGACCAGUGCGUGCUGGGGACGCUGACGGAUGCUUAUAAUGCUGGCUGGGACUGUGUCCUGGUCGAGGACGCCUGCGCGACCAGGACGGAGGGCGCGGCCGAGGUUUGUUUGGCGAAUGUCGCGAACAAUUACGGUUUUGUCAUAGACUCGAAGACAUUCACGGAAUCGGAAUGA